GCCCAAAAUCUUCCGACUUUCAUCAGUUUUGUUAGGUCCGCUGUUACCCUACACACCAUUUCUCCGCCUACGGUCCUAUGCUGGUGGGGACAAAGGGUCUUCCUCCUUCACGGCGAAGCCAUCGCCGGAGUUCGAAAGUCCAAAGAGCCCAUAUUUCAAUUGAUGGGCCACAUUUUGAAUUAGGGCCAAGCCGUUAAAUAGAUUUGUCACUCGAUAAAUCCUGUCUUCAUCAAUCUGAUUGUGGCACAUGGAACGAGAAGAAGAAAAAAAAAAAAAGGAUGGACUGGGGGUCGGCUGACAUCUAUCAUUUAUUGUUUCUUCCCUGUAUUAUAACAAACUUCAACUUCAAACGACCGAAUUGUCUGCCACUGGCCACCUUCAAAACGAAAACGAAGGGAAAAAGGAAAAGGAUCUUACAAAUCGAAGAGGAUGAUGAUGGGCUUGAGCUCGUGUUGCACCUGCGGUAUCAUCUGUUUCCUCCUCUCCUUUACCAACAUGAUGCACGCGUUUGCCUCUCACGGCAGCCACUUGUGUCGUCCCGACCAGAAGGAUGCUCUUAUGGAGUUCAAGAACGAGUUCCAGAUCCACAGUCUUGGUGAUGAUUGGAAGGAAAAUUAUCCAAAGACGAAAUCUUGGAAUAACAACGUGGAUUGUUGUUCAUGGGACGGCGUCACGUGUGAUUCUUCGUCAGGUGACGUGACUGGUUUAGAUCUUAAUAGCUGUCUUCUCAACGGCCCCUUGAAACCUGACAGCAGCCUUUUCAGACUACGACGUCUCCAGAGUCUGAAUCUUGGGGCGAAUAAUUUGUCGGGUCGUUUACCAGACUCCAUUGACAAGCUCAAAGCUUUGAACGUCUUGAGUCUUUAUAGCUGCAAUCUCUUCGGCCAGAUUCCUUCCUCAAUUGGGAACCUUUCUUAUGUCACCGAUCUCGAUCUUUCUAGUAACAAUUUCGUUGGUGAAGUUCCAUCUUCGAUCGGCAGUCUAAGCCGGUUGACUCAGUUGCAGCUUGUGAGUAGCAACCUCAGCGGCAACUUCCCCCUCGCGCUUCUCAAUUUAACCGAGCUAGAGCGCAUUGAUCUUCGUUCUAACCAGUUCACAGGUCCACUCCCGUCUAACCUGAGUAGACUCUCCAAAUUGGAAGAUUUCGAAGUGUCGGGGAAUUCAUUUUCCGGAACGAUUCCUUCGUCUUUGUUCACGAUUCCUUCGCUAGUUCGGGUUGAUUUGUCUCAAAACCAACUGACAGGUCCACUUGAGCUUGGGAACGUGUCUUCAUCAUCUCAGCUCGGGGUUCUGUCCCUUGCCGACAACAAUUUCCAUGGACCAAUCCCCGUGUCUAUAUCAAAACUAGUCGGCCUCUGGUUUCUUGACCUGUCUUCGUGGAACACGGAGGGGAGCAUAGUGGACUUCGGUAUGUUCUCACGUCUCAAGUCGCUUACACUUCUUCACCUCUCCUUUCUAAACACCGCAAGCACGGUCGAGCUAAGUGUUUUCUCGAACCUCAAGUCCCUUUCUACAUUGGAUCUGUCGGGGAGCAAAGUGAGUAUAAGUUCCACCACCAGUCUUCCACUACAGAUGGAAACCUUGACUCUGUCAUCUUGUAGCAUUGGUGAGUUUCCAUAUUUCUUGACGGCUCUGAAAGAUCUGACGUAUUUAGAUCUUUCCUACAACCAAAUUCAAGGCCUGGUACCUGAGGGGUUGUGGAAACUUCCCGCGUUGAGUUUUCUGAACAUUUCUCAUAACUCUUUCCGCGAAGUUGAAGGAUCGUUGGCUGACACGCAGAUCGUUAUGAUAGAUAUGAGUUCUAACGCAUUUCAUGGGCCGCUCCCGGUAGUACCAGUCUCUACUAUGCAUCUUCUUGGAUCAACAAACUAUUUUUCUGGAGAGAUUCCUCGAUGGAUAUGCAGGUUGACCAACCUUUGGACACUUGAUCUAUCGAACAAUAACUUCAGCGGCUCCAUCCCUCGGUGCUUUGAGAAUCUUAAGAGUAAUCUUUCUGUUCUGUAUCUGCAGAAUAACAGCCUCACUGGAAGCAUUCCUCCGACAUCUAUCGACGCUUACAACUUGAAGUCACUUAACCUCGGUCACAACCGAUUGGUUGGAACACUUCCCAGAGCUUUGGCCAAUUGUACAUGUCUACAGCUUCUGAAUGUGGAAAACAACGUGAUCAACGACAUUUACCCGUUCUGGUUAGAGUCCUUGCCCGAGCUGCUAAUUCUUAUCCUCCGUCUUAACAAGUUUUAUGGCCCAAUUUAUUCCCCUCGCUCCUCUCUGGGGUUUCCCAUGUUACGAAUGAUUGAUAUAUCGCAGAAUCACUUCAGUGGGACACUGCCCUCGUAUUACUUUGCCAAUUGGAGUGCUAUGUCAGUGAUGAAGACACUAAUAGAUCGUACGCCAAUUCGGUUCGCGGGCCGUGGCUCAGGGUACAGUCAUGAGUCGGUGGUGUUUACAAUUAAGGGAUUGCAAAUAGAGCUGGUUGGAAGCAGUUAUGCAAUAUACACGAGCAUCGAUUUUUCUGGAAAUAGAUUUACGGGGGAGAUUCCAGAGUCAAUCGGGCUCCUAGAGGAAGUGAUCGUGCUCAACUUGUCGAGCAACGGUUUCACGGGCCAUGUUCCGCCGUCUUUGGCGAACUUGACAAAGCUCCAGUCACUAGACUUGUCCCUAAACGAGCUUUCGGGUUUGAUACCCCAGGAGCUCGGGAAACUCACGUUCUUGUCGGUGAUAAACUUCUCCUACAACAAUCUCGAGGGUCCGAUACCUCAGGGGGCACAGUUUCAGAGCCAACCUUGUUCAGCUUUCUCCCACAACCAUGGACUCUACGGUCUACCCCUCGGACAAAGUUGCGGCCAAGCUCACACCCCGACACACGCGCCACGAGAAGAAGAAGUGGAAGAAGAAGAAGAAGAGGAAGUCAUCAGUUGGAUAGCAGUCGGGAUAGGCAUUGCACCUGGCGUGGCAUUCGGAUGGACAAUUGGUUACAUCGUAGCUUCAUACAAACACGAGUGGUUCACAAAGAUUCUUGGCCGGAACAACAAACGUUAGACGCUCGGCAGCCAGUUAGCCGGUGGGCUUGCUAAGCAAUUGUUCAAGUACUUUUGCCCAUCCCUUGUUUUCUUUUCAUACAGUUUGAAUUUGAAACGUGAUUAAUGCUUUCAUGUUUUCUAAGCACAUCGACUUGUUUCGAAAUUAUAUCUACACAUCGUAGAGGAAAACACUUCUGCAGAAUAAUCCGUUUUCUUGGAUUCCAAGUAAGCUGAAAUACUCUUCUGUAACAUUUAUUAAAUGAAAUCAAAAUUUAUCUUUCCAAUCUAUCGCGUUUUCUUGUUAUUAUGUUAGCUGAUUAUAUUCCCUGUGAAAUUUUUUUGUGGCUAAACACAUUCCGAGAAGAAAGCAGCUCUGAGUUUUGUAGAAACUCUGUUUACGUGAUGAUGACUGGGCAAGUAAAACGAAUGAAUACUUCUGGCUGAAGAAGAGGCUCGUUAAGGGUAAAAUAGUAAAAUAUCCCGCUCGAUGGUAGGUAAGGGCAAAAUAGUCAUUUACUCGGAAAACUUUGCGUGAUCGGUGAUUGUAGGGUGUGGGUGUUUCAAAUUCCGUUCGAAACCGAACCAUACCGAAUCGAAAAUUUCAAUAUUUUUUUUC